AUGGAAUGGGAUUAUGAUGUUGAAGCAUGCUCAUGUUGCGGGAGUCACAAUCACUGGGCUCAAGAUUGUCCACGUUCUUACCACCCGGAUCAUGGCUCCAGAGGAUAUCAAAAUUACAAUCAAUCCGAUAAAGGCGGUAACGAGCAGAAUCGAAACGCAAUGGAGGAAGAUAAGAUUUUAGAGUUAUUCAAAACCCUCCUCAAGCAUGUAGAGGAACUCGCCCAGUCUCUCAAGGAACAGCAAAAUAUUAAUGAAUCACUUAACCAACGAAUUGAACAACUAACUAAUCAGUUUGACAAUUUUGCAGAAAGAAAAGCUACAGUUAGCCUGGUUGAGGAUGCUGGAUCAAAGACAGAUAGAGAUCCAGGGGAACCGCUCAUCCCAAUUCAACUUGGGGAUCUCAAGACAGAUAAUGCUUCAUUGAAUUUUGGAGUUAGUAUGAGUGUUCUUCCCGGGUAUAUUUAUGACAGGUAUGAUUUGGGCCCAUUGCAACAGGUUAAUGAUCCUAUGGUUUUAGUUGAAUACUCACGAGGAAGGCCCCGAGGGAUUUUGAAGGGAUUGACUGUAAAGGUAGGUGACUUUUAUUAUCCUGAAGAUUUUGUUGUCUUAGAUCCAUAUACAAAGAAGGAACAACUGAGAGUGAUACUUGGCAGACCAUUCUUGGCCACUGCAGAUGCUCAGAUCUGUUGCUGGAAAGGUACAGUUGAUAUGACAUACGGGAGCCGUAAGAUUUCUAUUGACUUCCUUUCACAUUCUUUUGAUUAUUCAUUUAUAAAUACUUGUUCAUGGGAUUUUGUUACUAACACGAGUUAUUCUCGAGUGUGUGACGAUGGCCCGAAAGAGAGUGUUGCUAUGAUUGACAGGUCUAAAGAUGACAAGAUCGUGAAGGAUAAAGAGGCCAAGUCACCUAGGUGGCUCAAAUUGAGAAUUAAAAAGCAAUUAGCCAAGCGAAAAAAGAUGCCACCAAAGGAAGCAACCAAAUCCAAGAAGAAUCCCAUAGAGACACGUACGGGCGAGUUAUUAUAUUCUUUCGAUGAUACAGAUCCAGAUAACCCGGAUCAUUGGGAUACCAUAAGAGAUGAUGGAUGGAUGUGGGAUGAUAACCAUGUGUUUCAUACACAGGGGAUACUAUAUGAACCACCAUGA